GCAGAUUUUCCCUCGUUUCCUGUCUGGGGAAGCCAUUCAGAACUGAGCCCCACAAACCAAAAAUGCUACUUGAUUAAUUUUUAAUAUUUAGAGCACAUUUACUGAUCCAUACAUGUCUUUAUGCUUUAUUUUGCUGAGAAAUCAAGUAGAAAAAACAUCCCCCUGGGCCAGGGGUGGACUGACAACUCAUGGGGCCCCCGGGCAAUAGGGGAUCAUGGGGCCCCUGUGUCCCUGCCUAAACUCAAAAAUGCCUACGAAAAAGGUACUGGGGGCAUCUCAUACCCCUACUGACCCCGGGCCCUCAAGCAGUGCCCGCGUUUCCAAAUGGUCAGUCCACCCCUGC